AUGGCAGAAAAAACGGACAUGAAGUAUUUCUACGAACUACUCAAAGAAGUGAAGAAAAAACGUAAUGACACGAACGUUUUCAAAGUAUUAACUUCUAUUCGAAGAUAUCUGGAGUGGCCCAAACACCAACAACAAAUUUCGCAAUUCAAAGCGAUGAACUGUUUCAGGGAUGUUUUACAGAUAUUAAAAACUAGUAAGAAGCAAACAAUCGACGUUGCCUUGAGCAUCGUGGAAAAUUGCGUAAUGGAUAAUGAUUAUGGCAAAAAUUUUCUGAGUGAGCGCUCCGUCAUCAGCAGUUCANGGAAACUGCCGGUUUGGGAAGUAUCAAAUGUUCUCAAAAAUAUUUUAUUGAAUUCAGAUUUACAAGAAUUAGGAUAUGACUGUCAAAUUUAUGUAGAGUGUCUCUGUUCAAUGAUGUUUCUUCCCUUCAAGCGUAAUUUCGAACAAUGUAGAUUAUGCGUCAAGGCCUUGAUCAAUGUUAUUGGAUCAUUUCGCUAUACUUCCAAAGAAGAAAUGAAAUGCUUCUUGUUAAUGGUGAGAGCUCUCAACAGUUGUCAAGAUUCAGACCUUAUAAUAAGGGAACAAUUAGACUGCAGUGCUAUUGCAGUUCUCACGAGCAGUCUGGGACGUGCCCUGGGAAUAUCAAAUAAUUCAAGGUUGGAACUCGUGGACAUACUCGAUAAACGUUACAAUGCGGAUUAUCAGGUAGCAGAUAUGAAGAAAACUCUUAUCCAGGAAACAAUGGACCUCAUCUCUGCUUACCGAAGAGUCCAGCCUUCCCACCCACAACUCGGCACGAAGGAACUGGUGCUCCGCUUGGUACAGAUUAUCCCGUAUUUUCCGUACGGAAAUGUGUAUCAAAUGAAAAUCCUAGAUCAUCUGAGUGACAUUCUCAAUUGUCCUGUCGACCUUGGCCCUUUGUUACAGGCUGAUAUAAUUGAGCAAAUUUAUGACCUGUCAUUACAUGGAACGCGACCCCCUUACGAUUUUCUCGGCUACAACAAUUACGAAAAUUGGGCAGAAAGACUACUUCAGUGCCUUUCAUGCGUAGCAAAGUCAGGGCAUGCUCAAGGAAAUUUCGAGAAAGCUCUGCUGGAGGGGGAUGAAAAUAUGAAAGAACAGAUGAUUUUGGUCAUUCCUUACAUAGCAAAAGAGGACCGUUUCCUUCACCAUUUAUUGGUCGCAUGUGGAGGAUUAAAAAUCAUGCUGGAAUCCAUUGAACAAAACGGGAAGUAUAGACCGGAAUGCAUCUCAUCGCUUUGCUUCCUAGCCAGGAGGAGACUGAAAAUUUCGAAUAGUAGGACAAACACACCUGAAGACGUGUCAGAAAUUAACAUUCGAAGACUACUGAUUGAAGAAGAGGAACAGAAAUCAGAAAUGGUUAGUUUCAAACUGGACGACGGCUCGUUUGUUGAAGCUGACCUAAAUUUAUUGACAAAAAAAUCAGACUACUUUUCUGUCUUGUUCAGUGGACGCUUCAGAGAAAGCGUCAGAGAUGAGAUAGAACUUCAUGGCGUAGAUUCCGAAACAUUCCAGCUAUAUUCAACAAGUAUCCUCUGAAAGUCUUGCUGGAUGCCGUUUUGUUUUCAGAUCUAUUUUUGCUGACGAAUUUAUGCAGCUCUCUGGUAGGGUGGAUCAUGAACGUUGAAACGAGUCCACACACGGUGAGCGCCAUCUACAUGUGGUCUUUAGAGACGGGACUAAAUAUGUUCAGACUGCAUGUACUGAGAUUCGUUCUGACAUAUGAG